AUGGUCAUCUCGCUUGUCGCUGGAGGAGCACUGGUGGCCAUGGAAGGCAGAAAUACUUUAAUGACAGGCUGCCGAAGUUUAGAUUUGCUCUGGCAGGGCUGCUGGCAGGUUCACUGGGCUGCUACCUCAGCAGAGUUAUGGGUAACGCAGACUUCGAAUCUUCCCGUUUACACCCUAGAAGAAGUCACAAAGCAUUGUUCCCUUGAGAGUGGUGUGUGGGUCACCUAUAAAGGAGGAGUCUAUGAUAUCACUGAAUUUGUGGCCAUGCACCCUGGUGGCAACAAAAUACUUCUGGCUGCAGGUGGAGCUCUGGAACCGUACUGGGCGUUAUAUGCUGUUCAUCAACAAGACCAUGUUCUAGAAAUCCUCUCAGAGUAUAAAAUUGGUGUUCUUGAUACAGAGAGUUGCCAGAAGCAAGAGAGUACCAUCCCUUUAGACCCUUACUCUGCAGAGCCAACACGUCACCCUGCUCUUCAGAUCAACAGUCUCAAACCUCCCAGAGUGGAUCCUGAAACUUACAGGUUGGAGAUCGAGGGUCUCCCUGGUGGAGUAGUAUCACUUAGUCUAAGUGAGCUAAAGUCUCGUUUUCCAAAACACACAAUUACAGCAACGCUUCAGUUCGCCGGGAACCGUCGUUCUGAGAUGAACAAAGUCAAGCAAGUCAAAGGACUCAAUUGGGGCAUCGCCGCAAUAAGCAACGCUACAUGGUCAGGUGCACGUCUGCGGGAUGUACUGUUGUCCUAUGGAUUUGGACCAGAGGUAGCAGCGAAAGCUAAACAUGUCCAGUUUGAAGGGUUAGACAGGGAUGUGACGGGUACAGCAUAUGGUGCAUCUAUUCCACUGAACAAGGCUGUAAGUGAAGAGGGUGAUGUUCUCCUUGCGUAUGAGAUGAACGGGGAGGACCUCCCACCUGACCACGGCUACCCUGUCCGUGUAGUUGUACCUGGAGUUGUUAGAGCCCGCAAUGUCAAAUGGUUGGGGAAAAUUGUUGUAAGUGAUGAAGAGAGCAAGAGCCACUGGCAGCAGAAUGAUUACAAAGGCUUUUCUCCAGAAGACUUCAAAUCAGCACCAGCCAUCCAGGAGCUCCCCAUACAGUCAGCCAUCACUCACCCAGCAGAGGGAACCUCAGGAGACUGCAGUGAUAGGGAGGGGACUGUAAAAGGCUACGCGUGGAGUGGGGGAGGAAGAGAGGUUGUGAGAGUGGAUGUCUCGAUAGAUGGUGGGAAAACGUGGCAUGUAGCCAAACUUCACACUAGUGAUCAAGAACAGCACCCUGCUCCUCCUCCUCCACCUGGAAGAGCCUGGGCUUGGAAGCUAUGGGAGAUAGACGUCCCAAUUCCUCAUAGGGCUCAGGAGUUGGAGAUCGUAUGUAAAGCAGUGGACAGUAGUUACAACACGCAGCCAGACACUGUUGCACCUAUCUGGAACUUACGAGGAGUCCGUAGUAAUGCGUGGCAUCGAGUACAGGUAAAAGUGAGCGAGGGUUUGAAAGACCAAAAAUGAACUUAAUACGUGAACGUAAGAUGAACAUUAACAAAAUUGUUGGAAUUUUCUUGGGUGCAGGUUGGGUUGUGGCUUUGCAGCUGUUUGAGCUUGUGGGUUCUUGGAAGUGCUUGAAAUGGACUUUAUUUUU